CCAAUUCUGUCUGUGUGAGGCACCACCGGCACCGAAUCACCGACGGCCAAUCCAUUCUCGUUGCUCCCACUCCCGGCCACCAAUAUGCUGAAUGUGGUGGUCAAGUUAUUUCAAGAGGGUUUAUUAAACUAAUUGUGCUUUUCAUCAUCACCCAGCUCCCUUUUAUUGCGCUUAAAACAAUUGGGCUUUUCAUCAUCAUCUUCCCUCCUUCAGGCAGCUGGUGAAGUGAAGGAAUCCCGCAUUGUCUCCUGCCCCUUCCCUCGAGGCUCUGAUAGGAAGCAAGAAUGGGUCUUCUCAGCAUAAUCCGGAAAAUUAAGCGCAAGGAAAAGGAGAUGCGCAUUCUCAUGGUUGGUCUUGAUAAUUCUGGAAAGACUACAAUAGUGAUGAAGAUUAAUGGCGAAGAUACUAGUGUAAUCAGCCCCACACUUGGCUUCAACAUCAAAACCAUGGCUUACCAAAAGUACACUUUGAACAUAUGGGAUGUGGGAGGGCAGAGAACCAUAAGGUCUUAUUGGAGAAACUAUUUCGAGCAAACUGAUGGGUUGGUCUGGGUGGUGGAUAGUUCAGAUCUGAGGAGGCUGGAUGAUUGCAAAUACGAGUUGGAUAAUCUUCUCAAAGAAGAGCGAUUAUCAGGAGCGUCGUUGUUGAUAUUUGCAAAUAAGCAGGAUAUACAAGGUUCGCUGUCACCUGAUGAGAUAGCUAAAGUUCUGAACUUAAACGCCAUGGAUAAAAGCCGGCACUGGAAAAUCGUGGGAUGUAGUGCAUUUACCGGGGAAGGGCUGCUCGAAGGGUUUGAUUGGAUGGUUCAAGACAUAGCCUCGAGAAUUUACAUGCUUGAUUAAAGGCAAUUGCAUCUACCCCUGUCCUCUUUGUUACUCGUGUGGAGUGCUACUCGAACCCACAGGCAGCGGCCUCAGAUUCCUCAAUAUGAAAAAAAUUAAGUUUCUGACGAGAUUGGAAAUAUGUAUUGAAAGUGGAUAGAAGCUGUCUUCUUGUUGUUUGCUGUAAUACAAAUACGGAAGAAUGUAGCAAAGCUCCAUUUGUUUGUAGUCUUGAAGAGUUUGGCAUCGUUUUUUGAGUUUGAAACUUUAAAAGUGUUUUAUCUGAUUUUGGAGAAAUGGAGGUUUUCUAUGUGAUUUACUCAA